CUCCUAUAAAACCCACAGUUAAGGGUAAAGGGAUUUUACAGGAGGAGGAGUCCGUUGCAUCACUAAAAGAGGCAUCCGCUCGAGAGUCACAACAAGUGACGCAGCAAGUUCGUACCGUACCACCCACUGGUCCUCCGAAGCCAGCGGGAAAAAAAGGCGGUGCUUUUGUGCCUCGGUACCGGUCGACGCUCGCAACAAUGGUUGAUAUGUCCGAUUUGACGGAUGGUGCUGCACGUGAAAUCGUUAUGGAUGAGAGUGUCUUCGGUAUUGAAUUCAAGUCACUUAUUACACUUGAUGACUUGGAGGAGAUUUUUAAGCAUGAUCAACUAGGCGUCAAUAACAUGCACUCAUACAUUCGGUUGUUGUAUGACAGAGUGUUGCGCGGGACUCCGUUGUCUAACAGAUUCCGUUUCGUGUCUUCCGCCCACUGCAGCGGAAUGGCAAUUGAUUCGGAACCGGAAUCAGUUAGACAGUGCUUAGUAGAUAGAUUCAUGUCCACCGGCAAUACAGAAUGUCUGCAUCUUUGGGCGUAUAAUACUCGACCAGUAGGAGCACACUGGUUGCUGCUUGCUAUCAACCCUAUAAGGGAAGUCGUGUAUUAUCUGAAUUCGGUAAAUGGUGAAUGGACCAAUUAUCCGGCCAUGAAGGACAUCGUUGAUUUAUCAAUACAAGUGUUCCGAAGUCAACGGGACGCACAGGUAUCCCGAACUAAAUCUAGCAACAUUACUUGGAUCCAAAUAUAA